AUUGUCGAUACAAGUUUACAAAUAAAACAACUUUGUUUCCCAAACCCUACUUAGAAAGAUCAAUAUCUGAUUCAGCGAUAUGUGAUGAAAGCUGUGCUAACGAUAUCAGAUGUUCCGCUGCUGCCGUGUUUUUUGGUACUAUAGAAUGUUAUCAUUACGAUACACCAAUCAUCUUCUUGUCGUAUGAGUUAAAUGAAGACCAAUGUAUUGAAAAGUGCAACGAGAUGAGUGAAUGUUGUAUAACGUAUCCUAAUAUAACAGACGCCAAUUUUGAUAAGGAUUGCAAUGGAAAUGUAGUCAUUACAUGUAAUGAAGGUUUCAAGAUGGUACAAGGGCUGGAAUGUGUUGAGGAAGAAUGGAAAUAUCAAAACCCAAUAUGUAAACGCACAGAAUGUCAAUACAAGUAUACAAAUGAAACAGGUUUGGAGCCCUAUUCCUACAAAGGAAGUUUAGUAUCUGAUUCAGCGGAAUGUGAUGAAAACUGUGCUAACGAUAUCAGAUGUUCCACUUCUACCAUGACUUGGUUUAAAAGAUGUCUACGUUACGAAACACCAUUCAUCUUCGUGUCGUAUGAGGUAAAUGAAGACCAAUGUAUUGAAAAGUGCAACGAGAUGAGUGAAUGUAAAACGAUUGGCACUGAAAGCCGAUUGAGUUUUUCCUGUUUUUUAUUUAACGUUACAUUGGGCAAGAUUCCAAAUAAUCUGAAACGACCUUACCGAACCACUUAUACCGUAGCACAGAAAAUCUGUGAAUAAUAAAAAAAAACAUGUUUAUCAUGAUA